AUGGCCAUCAUCACCGUCGUCACUUGGCGGCGAGACGUCGACGGAAUCGAGCAAAGUGGAUCACAUUUUGACAACGUCAUCGCAAAAGUGAAAGAAUUCUUCGGUCUUCUGCCUGAAGAGAAGAAAGCCGAAUUGAAGGCUAAUUUCAAGAAGAAAAUCGCAGAGCUUGAGGAUCGGCUCACUGAAGACCAGAAACACACGGUUGAGCACGUGCGUGAAGUGUGCUACGGUGUUUGGGAGCUGGAUGAGAGUACUCGAAGACGACGAGAUGAGCAUACGCAUGAUAUCGAGGAAGGCAUGCAAAAGUUCCUGACGUGGUUGACCGACGAUCAGAAGCAGAAGGUCAAAGCAACAUAUGAGAGUGGUGAUCGAGAAGCAUUCUACAAAGAGAUCAUGACGAUGUUCGAGGCUUCAAGUGGGGAAGUGAAAGCCAAGGCUAGUGAGGAGCUGAAAGCGGCUUGUAAGCACUAUGGAAAGGAACUGAUGGGUGAGGACAAAGUGAAGGUUCUCAAGGAGAUGAAGAGACAGCGGUGCGACCCAUGA